AAAAUAUUUUCGAUUGUACUUGUGUUUCUCUGAUUCUUUCCUCUACUCGUCGAUUUUCUUGUGGGUUUCAAGAAGAAAAAUGAUCUCUUCGCCGCAUCUCUCACAGCCAAUGAAUGGCCUGAAAGACAUCGUGGACACAGGGAAUUUUAAGGCAUGGCUGUUAGAUCAGUAUGGAGUCCUUCAUGAUGGCAAAAAACCAUACCCGGGCGCAAUCUCAACUUUAAAAAAUCUUGCAACAACGGGUGCCAAGAUCGUGGUCAUAAGUAAUUCCUCUAGACGUGCUUCAACUACAAUAGAAAAGUUGAAAGGCCUAGGCUUUGACCCUUCUUUCUUCACCGGAGCUAUAACUAGCGGUGAACUAACCCAUCAAUCUUUGCAAAGGAGAGAUGAUCCUUGGUUCGCUGCACUAGGAAGGCGAUGCAUUCACAUGACUUGGAAAGACCGAGGAGCAAUCUCUUUGGAGGGUCUAGAUCUGAACGUUGUGGAGAAUGUGGAAGAAGCUGACUUUGUUUUAGCGCACGGCACUGAAGCCUUAGGACUUCCUUCAGGGGAUGUAACUCCAAUGCCUUUGGACGGACUUGAGAGGAUUUUGGAGAAAUCUGCAGCUCGAGGAAUCCCCAUGAUAGUUGCAAACCCGGAUUACGUUACUGUCGAAGCAAAUGUUUUUCAUAUCAUGCCAGGUACACUGGCUUCCAAGUAUGAAGAACUCGGAGGAGAAGUGAAAUGGAUAGGCAAACCUCAUAAGAUGAUCUAUGAGUCGGCUAUGGCAAUCGCUGGAGUCGAUCCAUCAGAGUCUAUCGCAGUAGGAGAUUCGCUACAUCAUGAUAUAAAGGGAGCAAAUGUUGCAGGAAUCGAAUCAGUUUUCAUCACUGGAGGGGUUCAUGGUGUUGAGCUUGGUCUCGCUUCUUUUGAUGAAACUGCAAGCCUAGACGCAGUUAAGACUCUUGCUGCUAAACACAAUGCAUUCCCAUCUUAUGUAUUAUCAGCCUUUAAAUGGUAGAUUUCAUUGUACACAAAUCAAAUUGUUGCUUCUUGAGCUAUAGUUCUUGCCAUCAUUUAACACUUGAGAAAGCAUUUCAAUGAAUGUGAAAGCAAAACACGUACUGCUGUGUAAAUCAGUUAAACUCGUAUGCAUUAAGAUUUCAUCGUUUUUGAGUCAAUUACAGUUUUACGUUGAGAACA